UUGAGUCAUACAAUCUAGAACUCUUCAAACAUCUUCGAACAUGUCGCCCAGUCGACCUCCUACCAAUACUAAAGUCCAUGUUCCCCGUCAUAACACAGCUCGCAUCGGACCUGCGCUGACGGCCCAAAUCACAUCACUCGCCACGGAGCAGGGUAUCAGAACAGAUCUACGACAGUCGAACCAUGAUCCAUCAAGCGCCAUGGCUCUCGCUAUCGAAAGCGCAUCGGAUUGGAACUCACGAUUAAUUGCAGCACGGGCGGAACGUGGUCCCCAAUGGGAUGUUGGAACACAACAAUUUCACGUAGACGAGGAGUCCGACCUUUACUAUGAUCCCACACCUCUGUACGAAUAUUUGAAGGAAGAGCGGGAAGAGAGCGCUCAAUCAUCAGAUCCUGUUCACCAUGAAGGUCCUACGCCUCUCAUGGCCCAUCGCCAACUGCAAUCUAACAUCAGUAAUCAAUAUUCCAUGAACGGCAUGGGUGUUUCAUCCUCGAUUGCAGCUUCCCCUAGACAUCUGGGCGGGCCUAUGGGCACCCCGCAUGGCGGGUCGUUUGCUGCUAUACCUCCUACUCAGUUCUAUGGCACUGAUCGAGGAUCUCCAAUGGUACCACGAGGAGGCAUGAUUAUGGACGGGAUAGGUAUCACUCCUGAUAUUAGGAGGAGAAUGUAGGCAUCGCAGCGUGUAUCUCUAGUGGAUGAAUCUGAUCCAGAAUAGUCAACGGCCAAAAUACGGUGGCUUCUGUUUCAUUCUUGAAUUUGUGAUCUUUACAAGGGUUCUCGGGCUACGAUGUAUCUCUGUCACUGUGACCAUGUGUAAACAAUCCGUUCAUGAUG